AUGAAGGCGCGCGAGAGGCGCGAGGUGGAGGAGGCGGCGGCAAAGAAGACCGCGGCCGCCGCCACCGGCACCACCGAGCCCAAGCCCUUCACGUUUGCGACGGAGAAGCGAGCCGAGCGCAAGGUGCCACUCCUCUACAUGGACGUCAACCUUGGCCCUGGCAAGACUGGCCGCAUUGGCCUUCACGAGGACGACGACCCGCGGCAGCUCGCGCGCAGCUUUGCUCGCACGUACCAGCUCGAUGCGAUGAUGCGCGAGCGGCUGCAGCAGCUCAUCGAAAGGUACAUGGACGAGGUUGUGCCGGGACUUGCGGCCCAGUGCAACGCCGCCCCGUCGACGAGCGACAUUUCGUCGGAGGCGGCGAACAGAGGCAACAACUUCGCGUGCCGGCUGCUGCCUGUGGAAAUUUGCCAACGGUGUUACGGAGCUGGAAGCUGGGAAUAG